AUGUCGUCCACUCCCGUGAUGUACACGGAGAUUCCAAAGAUCUCUAGAUGCUGCUUCUGCGUACCUUUGAGAUUAGGCUUUUUGUUAUUGGCCCAUAUAAAGAUCUUAGCAAACAUCGUCCUCGCUGGAUCCCUUCUGGUGUUGACGUUCAUUUACUUCGCGUUUGCUCCAUACGAGAGCUUUUAUAUAUCAGAAAUGAUUUUGACAACGACCCUCCUGGUGCUGGACGUGACAUUCGUCGUCAUACUCAUCGUUGGAGUACACAAAAGAAAUACAUCGAUGCUGCGCCUAUAUUUUCGAUACGGUAUCGUGUUUGCUGCGCUCAUUGUAGUCUUGGGCCUUAUUUGGUUCGUUAAUGAAGUUACCUCUUUGACAAUAUCACUCAAAAGUACGAGGGAUAUAUUUAUUACUGCCUCGUCGAUUAUAGCAGCAAUUUUGAUUAUGCACGUCUACUUUCUGAUAUUGACGCAUAGUAAUAUUGCCAAGAUCGAAUCGAGUUGCAAUUUCAAAUUUGUGAACCACACGUCGGAACCGGAAUGCUUCUUACAACCACCUUUCGAGGAAUGGACA